CGUGCAGUAAAAUGGCGGCGCAGGCAGCUAAUUGAACCAGAAAAAGAAAACCUAAACUGCUGCUUUUAAAGAAUACCCAUUAUUUUUUUCUGAUAGUAGAGCUCGGUAUUGGUUCCAAACACAUCUCAGUCCUCAUGGCGAGCACGCUGGAUUUCAGGACACAUGCCGACCAGUCGUGCAGAUAUUCAGAAGAAUUUGUCAACAUUUACUACGACUGCAUGGAUAAGAAAAGGAGGAACUUGACCCGGCUCUACCUAGACAAGGCGACCUUGGUGUGGAACGGGAAUGCCGUGUCGGGACAGGAGGCUCUCGGGGAGUUUUUUGAGUCGCUGCCAUCCAGCGAGUUCCAAGUUCACACGCUGGAUUGUCAGCCAGUUCACGAACAAGCAACUCAAGGCCAGACCACACUGCUCGUGGUGACCGGUGGGACGGUCAAGUUUGAAGGCAACAAACAGCGCUUCUUCAACCAGAACUUUCUUCUAACGGCUCAGGCUUCGACCAACAAUGACCAGCCUGUUUGGAAGAUUGCUAGUGACUGUUUUCGAUUUCAAGACUGGAAUAGCUGAGAGUAAUAAAAGCUGGAUUUUGUA